AUGGUCAAAUACAUUGCAAAAAUUCACAAGGACACCCUUAUGGAAAGGAUGAAGACCAGCCCAUUCUCACCCGCAACAGAUGGUUCAAGUGACUCAAAUGUGAAGCUUUAUCCCAUUGUUGUUCGAACACUUAAUGUGAAGAUCUGUGAAGUUCAUUCAGAAGUAGCGUCUUUACCUGUCCUUGAUGUCUCUGGCACAGGAGAAAACAUUUUUAAUCUGUUGGAUGCUCUGCUUCAGGAAGGAGACAUUCCAUGGACCAACUGUGUGUCAUUUGACUGUGACAAUGCAAGUGUCAUGACUGGUGUGCACAAGGGAGUGUUUUCAUUUAUCAAGAAGAAGAACCCUGAGUGUUUCCUGUCUGGGUGUACUCUACAUUUAGUUCACUUAGCUGCUGAGAAAGCUGCAGAUAAACUGCCAUCUUCCCCUGCUGAUCUUCUGGUCGACAUCUACUAUCAUAUGAAGAAAAGCAGUGUUCGCCAAAUGAAUUUAGGGAAAUAUCAAGAGUAUUAUGGCAAGGAACAGCAGUGA